AUGCCGCUGGCGGAGGCAGGCGUCAACAGAACCUGCGGCGGCGAAAGCGGACCUCAACCGUUUGCCGCACCCGCUGACGACCGGGGCUCGAGCGGAACAGGUGCGGAAGCGGGUGACAGCGGCCUUGUCCAAUUCGACGCCAUGGCCGCCGUCGACCGGAGGCUGGUUCUCGUUCCGCACCGCACGCGCGGGCGACUCCGCACGCGCUGUUAUUACGUCAAGCUCCGCACGCCGUCCGCCGUCGGACGCGCGGAACAACACACCGGUCGUUCGGGUGCAGCUGAACUCUCGGCGUCGGAUGGCAUGCUUGUGGCGGAGCAUGGCAGCGAGAAAAUCGAGGUGCUGGUCGACGACGAUGUCUGGCUAGACAUUACAGCAAGCAGGGGAAAGGUUGAGAGCUAUCAGCAUGGCGCUGACGCACUUCUCAGUCGGCCAGAAAAACUCCAGAACUACCAAGUGGCUCUUGCGGAUGAGGCCAAGGUCAAAGAGACGCCGGAGCCUGUCUCUCCCAAGCCGCUCCCGAAUGACGCUCUCCCCGGACUGCUUCCUUUUUCGGUUCCCCGACUCAAGUCGGGUGCUGCCAAGGUAGUGAUCGUCGAUCGCGACGAGAGAACCGGCAUCAGCACCUACGAGGUGCAUGAUAGCCGCGGGAUUGUUUGCGCGCGCAUCGACACGCGCAACGAGGUGUUGCUCCGCAAUGCCAUCUGCGUCGUACAACCUGCACUGGGUCUCGGCGAGGAUCUGGCCAUCGAGCUGUACGAUCUUGCCGCCUUGUAUCAGCAUGGCGUCGGUGCCCUGCUCAAUCGGCCAGACAAACUCGCGGACUAUCAAGUAGCUCUCGCGGAUGAGGCCAAGGUCCAAGAGGUGGUCAACUUCCUCACCAAAAAGGAAGUGGAUUGUUAUUCCGAGUAUCGAAGAGUCUGCCCGGUCCAAGGGGGUUGGACUGCUCAUCUCAUCGCAAACGGCCAGUGUUUCCGUUUCAAAACGUCUCUGGAUGUUCAUGGCGAGAUUGAGUGCGCCAUCUACUACAAUCUUUGGCGUCUCAAGCAUGGUGCCAAUCUCACGGUCACUUUCGAGGACCUCAUACCUUGCUAUCUGCACUGGGUCGGACGUCUGGCAGUCAUUCCGCGUGAUCACGGCAAACGCGCGACAGAUGCGCCAAACCUCGACGCCGUGCUCGCGCACCAGCUUGCAGGCGACAUAGCGGUCUUGUCCCAGAAGGUCAUUCAAGACGCCCUCAACGCCGUCGAGCUGAUUUGCAAACGUCAGUCGGCAGAUGAGGUCGUAGCACCGAGCUGCGGUCUCGACGACUUUGAAGACACAAGUGACGCCGAGGACCUUGAGCCGAAUUUUGCGCUGUACGACCUGCAAGCCGAGGUAGCUUCCGUCCGAGGCGAUCCCGUCAGCGUUGACGUUCACCGUCAAGGAAGCUUCUUUGCGGGAAGCCUCGCUCUCCCGCUGGAAUCGGAGCCUUAUACGCUCUGUGCGGUGGUCGAGCUGGCAUCGAUGGCAUCUUAUCGGUCCACGUACGCGCUGGCAACGAGACAAUUGUCACGCGUGAUCACGAAGGAACAACGACAACCCGCCGGGCCUCGACACCAUCUCCUCGGACGCCACUGGCUCGACGGUUCCGCCUACGACAUCGCAGCUGCGUCCCGCUUCCGCAGCUUCGUCUGA